AUGGGUUGCGAUGGUGGUACUAUCCCUCGACGAGAUGAACUUGUGCGAAUGAAGAAGAAGCCAGAACAGAAAGAUAAAGAUGCAGAACGAUCGUUCAAGUGGCGUAACUGCGCUUUGUCUCAACAACCUUUACAAGAACCUGUGGUGGCUUGUGGCCUCGGAAGGCUGUACAGCAAAAGUUCUGUGCUUGAGACGUUGCUAGACAAAGAAACUAAGCCAGACUCCAUCAACCACAUCAAAAACCUUAAGGACAUUAAAGACUUGAAACUGGUGAAAAACCCUGCAUACACAGCAGCUGAUCACACCGAGGGUGCAGUGGGUGAAGGCAACGCCCCCUACAUCUGCCCCAUCAGUGGACUGGAGAUGUCUGGCAAAUUCCGCUUUGUGUUCCUCUGGAGCUGUGGCUGUGUCCUCGCUGAAAGGGCACUCAAAGAAGUUAGACAGAAUCUCUGUCACAUGUGUCAGCAACCAUUCACAGAUAAUGAUAUAGUACCAUUAAAUGGAACUGACGAGGAUAUAGAAAAACUGAAGGAAAAAAUGACUGUGCGUGUUGCUAGCAGAAAAAGUAGUAAGAAAUCAAAGGCAGAAAAAGCACCAAAGGCUGAAGUUAAGGUAGAGCCUCUGACUCCCAGACCAUCCACCUCCACUGAAGUUUCCACAGAUGUUCAACCAGAGAAAGACGUAAAUGUUAAAAGUGAAGCAGAGCCUGAACCCGGCUCAAGUAAUGCAGUGAAGAAGGAAAUUGAAACAAUACCAUUGUCUCUACCCAAGUACAAUCCUAACAAGCAGGCGAGAGGACAUUUCGGAUCUUCAAAGCGCGUCCACCCCACAGAACUGGCCCAGGACCCAUCAUACAAGAAGACAAAGAAAGAUUACAGUGUAGCUAAGGAUCCUCAAACCAGUGAAGUGUACAAAUCAUUGUUUACUUCACAUAAAACUGAUAAGAAUCAGCAGAGGGCCCACUGGGUCACAUAUAAUCCUUUCUACAAUUAA